AUGACAGCAGCUGCUGAUCUCCAGAUUGGAGACCAGCUGAUCCUGGAAGAGGACUACGAUGAGAGCUAUAUCCCCUCUGAACAAGGUAGAGAGGAAGGAUACAGAAGGGGUAGUAUGGCUCCCUUUCUAGUUGACAGAUCAGUAGACUGUAAGCUACAUUGCUGAAACAGAACUACACAAGCAUGAUGCAAAGUGUUGUAGUGGGCAUCAAACACAUAGGCACAUCUCCAAACCAAGCAAUGCUCUGUUUUACAUAGAUAAGACACAUUCACUAACUUAUUUUGGUUGUGUGAGAAGUCAUUUAAUGUUACCUGGAGAUUUUCCUCCCUGCUUUCUUCCCCUCCCCUGUCAGAGAUCCACGAGUACGCACGAGAGAUUGGCAUUGAUCCCAAUCGGGAGCCAGAGCUCCUAUGGCUGGCCAGGGAGGGCAUUGUUGCCCCACUGCCUCCCGAAUGGAAACCCUGGUAAGCAGGUAGGCGUCUACCACUGUACCAGAGAUGGAGUCUGAACCUGGUGGCGUCGGUCAGUAACAUCCACUCAAGUGAAUUUGAAACCGAACACAAAUAUUCUCACCUGUGUGGAUGGUCAACACAUUUGUAGAUGGGGGAUGCUUUUUGUGCUACCCCAACAUUGACUUCCAUAAAUGCAUGUUUUUUUAAUUGCAGUAAAACAGUACUUUUAAUUAAAUUUUUAACAGUACUUUUUUGAUAGUGAUUCAUUAACCACAAAUAACACAGAUUUGGUCAUACUGACUGGUCACAAUGUCACCCUUCUCUUGCAUGGAUCAGCUUUGUCUCGGUCGUGGUCUCGAUUCACAUUCUUUUUACUGUGAUCUGAAUUUGAAGACGCCUGACAUUGACUCCAUCUCUGGCCCCUAGUAGUGUUGUAUCAGCAGUGGUAGACUGCCCAGUAUUCCCAGAUACAAUAUACACCUACAAUCUACCUGUUAAAGUAAAAGAAAACCACUUUCUCCACAUCUUUCUUACUCUAAAGAUACUUCCUAGCUGGCCUAGUUCAGUCAAUGGUUUCUCAAAUCACACCUGUCAGUGUCACUGUUAUUUUAAUGUUCACUGGUCUCUUCUCCCUUCGCUGAGCUCUGAGGUGCUGAAGUGACCCCCUCCUCUCCCUCCUCUCGCAGUCAGGACGUGACGGGGGACGUGUACUACUUCAACUUCUCCUCGGGCCAGUCCACCUGGGACCACCCGUGUGACGAGCAAUACCGCAGCCUGGUAAAACAGGAGCGCGAACGAGCCGGCACCCAGCCCCACGGGCCCCCCACCACCGCCGCUAAAAAGGAGAAGAAGAAGAAAAAAGACAAGAAGGAGAAAAAGAAGAAGGAGAAAGACCAAGAGCUCCUGAAACCACCAGGAGUGAGUGGGCGUUGUUAUGUUCUGAAAUACACCAUGUACAUGAAGUGACUCACAAAUGUCUCAGAACACUGCAGUGCUGUUGUGUGUAGAUGUAUUGGUCUGGAAAUAACUUGAACUCUAAAUAAUGUCAAAGAAGCACAGCUAUUACACUUAGUCACUGAGGUGUAGCAGAAAAUACUGUAAAUAGUAGAAAGGAAACAAAGUACAAAGAUGAGACCUUUAGAGGGAUUUGGCUGAACCAAUACAUUAUUAUAUUGUCUUGGUCAUCAACACAGCAGUCACAUACUUAUGCUUGGUUGCUUCAUGCCCCCGAGUUACUAGGUGAUACAGUUAUACCGAUAUAGUGAUUAUCGUAGUGAUUAUAGAGUUAUAAACAAGUCAUUGUCCUAAGUCAUUUGCCAUUUCCUAUGUGUAUCCUUUCUUAACAGUCUGUUAGCAAAGGGGAAAGUCGUGCAUUGAAGGAGACCCAGACAGAAACAGGGAAGGCUACUCAGAUCACAGGGAUCCUCUGCACCCACCCAGCCCCCUCUCUCCCCCUUGAACGUCAGCUUUGCUGUCUUCUCUAAUACAGCACUCCCCAGCUUGGCUCCACUAUCCCACCUGUCCACCCUCCCUCCUCUCAACUGGGCUGUAUCUCCUCUCUCGCCCCUGGGUGGGUCUGUCCGCUGCAGUAAGGCCCUAGCGGACGCCCAAGAGAUCCUGGGCCUUUCUCCUGGCUUCUCCAGAGCCUUCCCUGACCCAGAGACUCAGCCUCCACCUGCCCCUUCACAUCCUCCCAAUACCCCUGGGAACAGUGAAAGGUUCCCUGGUAGGGGGUUCAAACAAACAUGGGGGCUAGCGCCAUACAAUGAGGAAUGGGACAGGGCAGUGGGGUUUGGCCUAGGACCCAAUGAUGAAACACAGAGCCGAGCUGAUGCAGUUAGUCAUGGUAGUCUCGAGGGGGGAGUAGAGGGCUUUGUCACUGAGGAGGUGGUGGAAUGGAGGGGGGCAGCAGAAGAGGGCAGGGAGAGCAGUAGUGAUUUCAGCGACAAGGUGGUCUGUUUAGAAGUGGAAGGAAGGAAUGGCUAUUGA